AUGGCGCGGUCAAGAUAUUUCGAAGAUACCGUGGUUAUCAAUGAAGACCAAGCUAGGUCAUAUCCCAUGGGAGAGGCCGAUGGCCCUUCCGAUGAUGACAUUCAAGUACUUCGGUUACAAGGUGCAUUUGAGCUUCCUCAACGCGCAAUCCGUGAUGGCUUGAUCAAUACCUUUAUGGAACGCUGCUCACCCUGGAUGCCCAUUGUUGAGCGUAGCUGGUUAGAGGAAAGUGGUGCCCAGAAACCUUCAAUCCUUCUCUUGCAAUCAAUAUUCGUCGCGGCAAGUCGAGUCAGUUCUGCACCGGCUAUCACUGCGUAUGCAUCACCUCAUCAAUUCUAUCGCCGUGCGAAAGCCCUCUUCUGGUCUGGAUAUGAAAAGAACCCGGUUACUGUCGUCGCAGCCGUAUGCAUUCUGCAUUGGUAUAAUCCUGAAGGCCCUGAACACGUCUCUACAAACACCAGCGGUUUCUGGCGGUACGUUGGGGUCGGACUCGCUCACCAAAUAGGUCUACACAAGGAGCCCACGAACAAGAGAGAAGCUGGCCUCAGGCGUAGGCUUUGGUGGACACUAUUUGCCAGGGAUUGCUUGAUUUCUGCAGGACAAGGGCGUCCACUUGCAGUCAACAUAGAUGACUGUGAACUGGCACCACCGUGCCUGGAAGAUUUUGAUGACUCCAGCUCAGACGGUGCUCUUUUUAUUGCAUAUGUCGAGAUUGGCUCUAUCCUUGGCCACCUCACACAGUGCUACCGGCGCAAGAGCUUCACACGGCACAUGCGACAAAGUAUCGAAAAUCGUCUUUACCGGUGGAUGCGAGAUCUUCCAGCUUCCCUGAGACUUUUUAAUCGGCACUCGCCUUCAUCAGAAUGGGAGGCUUCAAAAAACACUCUAGCUCCAUAUCGCUUUGAAGCCCGCCAGCUCCACAUCCCAUACUUCAUCUGCCUCGCUAUCAUGUGCCGUCCCAGCCCGGGAAACUCACCAUCUCCAGCCGUGGUGCUCGCAUCUUCUUUUGUAGCAGGUAUAUUCGAAGACUUCCUAGCCCGAGAUGAGAUUCAGUUCUUGGGCCCGAUCUUCACAUUCCACUUGCUGGCAGCCGGCAUUGGGUUACUCUCGUGCCGCCACAUACCCAACUUAUGGAGGAAAGCAGCCACUGAUCUCGAGAAUAUUUAUUUAUCUCUAGAGGUUCUUGCCAAACGUUGGUCCUCCGCCAAAGGUAGCCUCAGGGCCUUGAGGAGCAUCGCCGAGAAGCAGCAACGAGCGACGAGAUCAGAGGCGACCCCGCUGCAGAAGCUUCCACGAGAACAUCAACCAUUCUUUAAACAAUUCGGACUGGAUUUAUCCUGGGCCUGGCAGUGUUUUAUGCCCUCGGAAUCUACCCCUACAUUUCAAAAUCCAUCCGGUGCCUCGCCGAUUACCGAGACUGGCGAUGUCCCACUUGAAGGGUUUACUAAAUCCCGUCCUCCGGCUGUCGUGCCAUCUACGGAGGAAUACCGGCCUCUUAAUACGAUUUUGGAUCCUCACAUGGGAUUUUCAAUGGGGAAUAUGUCAGGGGGGAUGCCUGAUGAGUUUUUCCACAAUCAAUACCAGGGUAUGGGUGAUUGGCUAUUCGAAGACCUGGAAUGGACUGGCGAUAUUCAGUGGUAG